AUUGACAUCUAAAGACUCUUGGUACGUGAGGAAGAAACCCGGAAAAGGAAAGCAAAGGAGUCAGGGAUGGCUCUUCCUCAGGGUCUAUUGACAUUCAGGGAUGUGGCCAUAGAAUUCUCUCAGGAGGAGUGGAAAUGCCUGGACCCUGCUCAGAGGACUCUAUACAGGGACGUGAUGUUGGAGAAUUAUAGGAACCUGGUCUCCCUGGGUAUCUCUUCCAAAUGCACAAUGAAGGAGUUCUCAUCAACAGCACAAGGCAAUACAGAAGUGAUCCACACAGGGACAUUGCAAAGACAUGAAAGUCAUCACACUGGAGAUUUUUCCUUCCAGGAAAUUGAGAAAGAAAUUCAUAACUUUGAGUUUCAGUGGCAAGAAGAUGAAAGAAAUGGCCAUGAAGCACCCAUGACAAAAAUCAAAAAAUUGAUGGGUAGUACAGAGCAAUAUGAUCAAAGGCAUGCUGGAAACAAUCCUAUUAAAGAUCAGCUUGGAUCAAGCUUUCAUUCACAUCUGUCUGAACUCCACAUAUUUCAGCCCAAAGGGAAAAUUAAUAAUCAAGUUGUGAAGUCUAUCAACAAUGCUUCCUCGGUUUCAACAGGCCAAAGAAUUUCUUGUAGGCCCAAAACCCAUAUAUCUAAUAACUAUGGGAAUAAUUUCCUGAAUUCUUCAUUACUCACACAAAGACAGGAAGUAUGCAUGAGAGAAAAAUCUUUCCAAUGUAUUGAGAGUGGCAACGCCUUUAAUUAUAGCUCACUCUUAAGGAAACAUCAGAUUAUUCAUCUAGGAGAGAAACGAUAUAAAUGUGAUGUAUGUGACAAGGUCUUUAUUCGGAAGCGAUACCUUGCACGCCAUCAUAGAUGUCACACUGGUGAGAAACCUUACAAGUGUAAUGAGUGUGGCAAGUCCUUCAGUCAGAUGUCAUCCCUUACAUAUCAUCAUCGACUUCAUACUGGAGAGAAACCUUACAAAUGUGAAGAAUGUGACAAAGCUUUCAGACACAAUUCAGCCCUUCAAAGACAUAGGAGAAUUCAUACUGGAGAGAAACCACACAAGUGUAAUGAGUGUGGCAAGACCUUUAGUCAGAAGUCAUACCUUGCAUGCCAUCGUAGCAUUCAUACUGGAAAGAAACCUUACGAAUGUGAAGAAUGUGACAAAGCUUUCAGUUUCAAAUCAAACCUUGAAAGUCAUAGGAUAACUCAUACUGGAGAGAAACCAUACAAGUGUAAUGAUUGUGGCAAGACCUUCAGUCAUAUGUCAACCCUUACAUGCCAUCGUAGACUUCAUACUGGAGAGAAACCUUACAAGUGUGAAGAAUGUGAUGAAGCUUUCCGUUUCAAAUCAAGUCUUGAAAGACAUAGGAGAAUUCAUAAUGGAGAGAAACUGUACAAAUGUAAUGAGUGUGGCAAGACCUUCAGUCAGGAGUUAUCCCUUACAUGCCAUCAUAGACUUCAUACUGAAGAGAAAACUUACAAAUGUAACGAUUGUGGCAAGACCUUCAAUCAGGAGUUAACCCUCACAUGCCAUUGUAGACUUCAUAGUGGAGAGAAACCUUGCAAGUGUGAAGAAUGUGACAAGGCUUGCAGUUUCAAAUAAAAUCUUGAAAUAUGUCAGAAAAUUCAUACUGGAGAGAAAUGUUACAAGUGUAAUGAUUGUGGCAAGAUCUUCAGUCAUAUGUCAUCCAUUGUAUACCAUCAUAAAUUUCAUAGUGGAGAGAAACCUUACAAAUGUGAAGAAUGUGAUGAAGCUUUCAGUUUCAAACCAAACCUUGAAAGACAUAGGAGAAUUCACACUGGUGAGAAACCUUACAGGUGUAAUAGGUGUGGCAAGACCUUCAGUCAUACGUCAUCCCUUACAUGCCAUCAUAGACUUCAUACUGGAGAGAAACCUUACAAAUGUGAAGAAUGUGAUGAAACUUUCAGAUACAAAUCAAACCUUGAAAGACAUAGGAGAAUUCAUAGUGGAGAGAAACCGUACAAGUGUAAUGAGUGUGGCAAGACCUUCAGUCAGAAGUCAUGCCUUACACGCCAUCAUAGACUUCAUACUGGAAAUAAAUCUUAGAAACGUCAUACUGGAGAGAAACCUUAGAAGUGCAAUGAGUGUGGCAAAACCUUUCAUAGGCAGUCAGCGCUUAUUUACCAUCAAGCAAUCCAUGGCAGAGGGAAACUUUACAAAUGUAAUGAUUGUCACCACGUCUUCAGUAAUACUACAACUAUUGCAAAUCAUUGGAGAAUCCAUAAUAAAGAGAGAUCUUACAAGUGUGAUAAAUGUGGCAAAUUUUUCAGACAUCGUUCAUACCUUGCAGUUCAUGGGCGAACUCAUGCUGGAGAGAAACCUUACAAAUGUGAAGAAUGUGAUAAAGCUUUCAGAUUCAAAUCAAACCUUGAAAAUCAUAGGAGAAUUCAUACUAGAGAGAAACCUUACAAGUGUAAUGAGUGUGGCAGGAUGUUUAGUCAAAAUUUAGCCCUUGUAAUUCAUAAGGCAAUUCAUACUGGAGAGGAACCUUACAAGUGUAAUGAAUGUGGCAAGGUUUUUAAUCGCAAAGCAAAGCUUGCACAUCAUCAUAGACUUCAUACUGGAGAGAACGCUUACAAGUGUAAUAAAUGUGGCAAGGUUUUUAAUCAACAAGCACACCUUGCACGCCAUCAUAGAACUCAUACUGGAGAGAAACAUUACAAGUGUAAUGAGUGUGGCAAGACCUACUCUCACAAUUCAGUCCUUGUAAUUCAUAAGACAAUUCACACUGGGGAGAAACCUUACAAGUGUAAUGAGUGUGGCAAAACCUUCCGUCACAAUUCAGUCCUUGUAAUUCAUAAAACAAUUCAUACUGGAGAGAAACCUUACAAGUGUAAUGAAUGUGGCGAGGUUUUCAAUCAACAAGCACACCUUGCACGUCAUCAUAGAAGUCAUACUGGAGAGAAACCUUAGAAAUGUGAAGAAUGUGACAAAGUUUACAUUUUUGACGGGGCUUUCGGACGUGAUUCACACCUGGCACAACAUCCUGGAGUUCACACUGGAGAGAAACCUUACCAGUGUAAUGAGUGUGUCAAAGCCUUUAGUGGGCAGUCAACACUUAUUCACCAUCAGGCAAUCCAUAGUGUAGGGAAACUUUACUAACGUAAUGAUUCUCACAACGUCUUCAGUAAUGCUACAACCAUUGUAAAUCAGUGGAGAAGCCAUAAUGAAGAGAGAUCUUACAAAUGUAAUAAUUGUGGCAAAUUUUUCAGACAUCGUUCAUACAUUGCAGUUCAUUGGCGAACUCAUGCUGGAGAGAAACCUUAAUGUCAUGAUUGUGGCAAGGUCUUCAGUCAAGCUUCAUCCUAUGCAAAACAUAGGAGAAUUCAUACAGGAGAGAAACCUCACAAGUGGGAUGAUCGUGGCAAAGCCUUUACUUCACAUUCUCACCUCAUUAGACAUCAGAGAAUCCAUACUGGACAGAAAUCUUACAAAUGUCAUCAGUGUGGCAAGGUCUUUAGUCCGACUUCACUCCUUGCAGAAUAUCAGAAAAUUCAUUUUUCAGGUAAUUGUUCCCAAUGCAAUGAAUAUAGCAAACCUUCAAGCACUGAUUGACAUUAGAGUCAGUUCAGCAUUGACUUGAGUGAGUUGACUUAACGUUGACUUCAAGCAUUACUUGACAUUAAAGUGUUUAUGUUAAGAGGACUGGGCUGUGUGGCAUGGCUCACGCCUGUAAUCCCAGCACUUUGGUAGGCCAAGGUGGGUAAAUCACUUGAGGUCAGGAGUUUGAGAUCAGCCUGGACAACAGACCUGAUCCACUUUUCCCAGCCUGUUUUUUGUUUCUUUGACAAAAACUGAUAGGGAUUUUUAUGGGUAUCGUAUUGAAUCUAAAUUACAUUGGGUUAUAUAAUCAUUUAACAUAUUAAUUUUUCCAAACCAUCAAUAUGGGUUGUGUCUCUAUAUAUGUUUUUAAUCAUUUUGAUCAAUUUUUGUUGAUUUCAAGGUACAAACGUCUCACCUUUUUACGUUUAUUCCUAAGUAUUUCUUAUUUUAAGUUCUCCAGCAAAUGGAAGUGUGUUAAAAUUUUCUUUUAAAAUUGUUUAUUAUUAAAGUAUGGAAAUUCAACUAA